AUGCAUCAUGGUUUCGUAUAUUUGGGUAUGAUGUUUGGUGAUAUCGUGAACCAAGUGAUAGAAUUUUUAAGAGAACAUCCACUCGAAUUUGUGAUAAUGUUUAUGCAAAAUGAGUACGUUAGUGAAGCGACCACAAUGACAGAAUGUGAAAUCCUAAAAAACAAAUACAUUAAGCCGCUUGGUAAUCUGUUUGUACAAUUUAGGUCAGUCACUGACACUAUUGGAAAACAUCGCGGAAAAAUUUGGUUGGCUCGUGGUAAUAAUGGUUUUGAGAAAUGUGUAGCGAGCUUGGCUUGCGAGCAGCAAAAUCAAUGGAAAAUAUCUCCUACUUUUACUCGUGUUGACAAAUGGAAAACUAUAACCUCUUUUCAAGAUAAAAUGUUCAAUCGUGAUGACAAAAGGAAAGCUAUAGUCUCUUUUCAAGAUAAAACGUUUAUCACUUAUUUCACAAAGUCAUGUUAUAUCAAUUAUUUAUCGGCUCAUGGUGGCAAAAUUGGUCCUAAUACUAUAUCUAAUAAAUAUUUAAAAGAACCUGCAUAUUUUCUACAGGAAGAAGAUCCUCCAGGAAUGAAUUAUAAAAUGACUAAAUAUUUUCGUAAUCCAAAGAAUACAUUGUAUAUAGUUAUGGCCGAUCAUCCACUUCCUCAACUUUUAGACAAGAUUGUUAUCAGUAAUUAUGAAUAA